AUGCUACUUCUGCAGGUGUUGAUCUUGACGAUGUGUUCGCUGCGCCAGAUAUCGGCAAAGGAAUGGGUAGCGUCCAAUAUCUGCUACAUUGGCGAUAUGGAAAGAGACUUCUGCUAUAAUCCCGAGUGGCAGACAAUAUCUGAAGAAAGCUACUGGCGCGUGGACGAAGAAGAGAAGGUUAUGUAUUACCACGUACCUCAGAAUGUUAUGUAUUACUACAAACCGCACGAGCACAGUCGAGGAGGAUUCAGUUCUGUGGACCACAAGUCCACAAGUGGACUUGCUCUGUCGUGGCUUGCAUUGAGUCGACGUCCGUCAGAUUGGCUUGGUAGCUCCUGUUCUAUAUUCAACAGUACUACUACCCUCGAAUGGGUGGCAUGCGAAGGGUUACACGUUGUGGGAUUUCUCAUCGCCAGCUUGGGUGUCAAGACAUUUUCGUCUCUGAUAUCCAAUUACAUCGUCAAACCGUUCUUAGGUCGCAGUCCAGACGUGAGUAUCGGCUUUGGUGAUGAAGAUGAAGAGGGGGAUCAUAUGCGUGUAUCAGUAUCAACUUUCAGGGACGGUGAAUCAGUUUCGAGGACGUACUAUGAUGUUGGGGAGUUUACGGCCAAUUGUGAAAAGCAAGAUUACAGCGUGCAGCUGCGAGUCGAUAUGGAUUCAGGCGUUGCGGAGACAGUAUGUGUUUCUUGGUAUGAUGAAAGGGAGAAAGGAUUUGUUAUGAGUGUAAGAUGGACAAACAGAUUAUCUACAGAUGGCAAUGAUAUAACUUUUAUUGGUUGAAGAAGAAAAAAUUGACUUGAUAUGACUACUACUACUAGUGAAGUAGGCAGUGAGCUGAAAACAUUUUCUUCGAGCUAACUGUAUACACUGUACUUCACCUAAACAUCGCUUACAUGCGUCAAGGUCUCUGCUCAUGCACAGUGACGGCGGACUUCCGGGCCGGAUUGCGCAAAAUCACACUGGACCUGGCCAUACUCACCUGCAGCGAGGGUGCUGUUCGGAGGAGUAUUUGCGAGGCGGAAAACUGUCUUCUUAUCUUUGGAGCCGAAGGUGGCC